AAGAAAAAAAAGAAUAGAGACAAAAUUGUGAAAAAAAAUUUUUUUAAUCAUUUUAAUUCAAAUUACAACUUAAGAGGGCCUGUUGUGUAAAAAAAAAAGACAAAAUGAUAAGUUUGCUGUGCAUCACAAUAUUCUCCUUGACCCUGGCUGGCAGUGCUUACAGUCAGCCGACAGGCUCUGCCACACCAUAUUCAGUUAAGGUGAUAGCCGACCUUGGAGCCAACGUUACUUUGCCCUGCAUUCUCCCGCAAGGAAGCAGCAGCUUGUUUAGCAUCGCCAUCCGAGUCAAAUGGACCAAGGUAGCGGAGGAUGAGGCUAUGAAUGAGGACGUGCUGCUUUCCAUUGGCUUCCACAAGAAAACAUACGGAAGCUUCGAGGAUCGCGUCUACCUGGAGGAGCGCGACAACGACGACGCCUCCUUGGUGAUCACGGACGUUUCCAUGGAUGACGCCGGAACAUACCGUUGCGAGAUCAUCAACGGCAUGGUAGACACCAUACAAGAGAUUGGCUUGGAGGUUCAAAGUGGCGUCCGUAAUGGUGUGGUGUUCCCCUACUCACCACCUCUUGGCCGCUACAGCUUUUCCUUCCACGAGGCUUUGCAGGCUUGUUUGGAUCAGGACGCGGUGGUCGCCUCCUAUGACCAACUGCUUGAAUCCUGGAAGGCGGGCAUGGACUGGUGCAACGCCGGCUGGCUGGACGAUGGCACCGUGCAGUACCCCAUCACAAAGCCAAGAGAACCCUGUGGUGGUGCCAACAACCGACCCGGCCUCAGAAAUUACGGCAGGCGUGACAAGUACAUGAGCCGCUUUGAUGUGUUCUGCUUUGCCAGUCCAUUGAAUGGACAUUUCUACUGGCUGACCCAGCCUGAAAAGCUCAACUUCGAUGAGGCCGUCCAGGCUUGCUUCGAUGACGGCGCAGAAAUUGCCAAGGUGGGUCACAUGUUCUCCGCUUGGAAGCUGGAAGGCUACGAUCGUUGCGACGCCGGCUGGUUGGCCGACGGCAGCGUCCGUUACCCGAUCUCCAGACCCCGCAGGAACUGCAGCCCCACAGAAGCUGCGGUGCGCUUUGUUGGAUUUCCUGACAAGCAACAAAAGCUCUUCGGUGUCUACUGCUUCAGACCUGAUCCCUGAGGAGCCCGGCUGCAGCCACCACCACCAAAGAGCCGCAACCACAACCCAAAAUUUGCAAAACUAAAUGACCUAAUCCUUGGAUCAUGACUAAAAUUAACAUUGGAACACACAAGCAACCGUGGUUACCUUUCAGAACCGUUUUAGAGGACAUUAUCAUAUCUAUAGUAGAAUACAAUAUGCAAUGUAUCCAAAUCACAGAUUUGAUGGCGACAAGGAGUUGAUUGUUUUUCUCCACUGAGUAAUUAUGGAAAGCUCAAGGUUUAGCGCUGCUAUGAUUAUAGCGCAAACAUUGAAUCUGUUUGUGUUUCUUUGUUUGUUUGUUUUUUAAACAAAACAUAAAACUUUCCAAUAUAUUCAUCAAAUGUCACCUUGCACAUUUACUAAAACUUGGCUGCAACGCUUGCUGUGCAGUUUACAUGUUACAUUGCAUCGUCAUUGCCAAACAUUUUGUUUCAUUUCAAGCAGAUUGUGCGGUUUGCACACUUUUUAUUUCACAGGGAAAAAUGAAUGUAAACAACUUAGACUGUGAUUUGUUCCGAAUAAGAGAGUACCAAUCAAAUCACCUUCAGUAACAAUUUUAUAUUGUUUUACUUUAUUCCUUUUUUAAAAUUUUUUUUUUACAAUUUUGCCUGCAUUUUCUUACAAAACUAUUUUUAAAACAAUAAUGAAAAAUAAAACAGCUGUUAUUUUA